GAACCUGUCAGUCACGAACACACAAUUGACGUUCAUACUUCAUAGUUCAUACUAUAUAAACUGUAUUACUUUUGCAACCAGCCAAUAAGUUUCCACAACGAAACUGUCUAAAAAAUCCUCUACAUUAAGUAAUUUUUUUAUAACAAAAACUUUAAUCGUAAUGUAAGAGCUCGUUUAGAGCGAGCGUCCAUGUCUGACUCUCAAGCCAACGGCCAGGGGGCCAUGUCAGAGCCACGCAGAUCCUUUUUCUACCCAGACAGCAGCAGUGAUACAGAAGAGUACAGAACAGACGCUGAAGAUCGUCGUAAGCGUCUGUCCAAACGUAACGGACCGAAUAUUAGAAGGAUGCCGCCAAACAUGCCACCAAAAAACCAGAAUCCCAACGCUCCUAUACCUUCCACAUCAGGCCAGGAUUUUCCGAAAAACGGUCAGAAAAAUCAGUUAUGCGAAGAUAGGAUCACGUUGGUUGUUGAUAAUACGAGAUUCGUCGUCGACCCCGCACAGUUCACAGCGCAUCCGAAUACAAUGCUCGGACUUAUGUUUAGUUCAAGUAAAGAGCUAACACAUCCGAACGAGCGGGGCGAAUAUGAAGUAGCCGAGGGCAUAUCAGCGACCGUGUUCAGAGCUAUCCUGGAGUACUAUCGUGGGGGAACUAUCAGGUGUCCGCCGACAGUAUCGGUUCAGGAGUUGAGGGAAGCCUGCGACUACUUACUUGUGCCGUUCGAUGCUAAUACUGUCCGAUGUCAAAACCUUCGCGGUCUGUUACACGAGCUGUCAAACGAGGGCGCCCGCCGCCAGUUCGAGAGUUUCCUGGAGCGUCUCAUCCUGCCGCUGAUGGUUGAGUCAGCUGAGCGUGGUGACCGCGAGUGUCACGUGGUCGUGCUCUUGGACGACGACAGUGUAGACUGGGACGAACAGUAUCCACCACAGAUGGGAGACGAGUACAGCCAGACUGUCCUGUCCACGCCCUUAUACCGGUUCUUCAAGUAUAUUGAGAAUAGGGAUGUCGCCAAACAAGUGAUGAAGGAGCGCGGCUUAAAGAAGAUACGGCUCGGCGUGGAAGGUUAUCCGACUUAUAAGGAGAAAGUAAGAAAACGCCCCGGAGGAAGGGCAGAGGUCAUAUACAACUAUGUCCAGCGACCCUUCAUACACAUGUCCUGGGAGAAAGAGGAGGCCAAGAGCCGGCAUGUGGAUUUUCAGUGCUUCAAAUCGAAAUCUGUUACCAACUUGGCAGAAGCCACCGCUGACCCUGUGAUAGAGUUAGAGAAUAGAGAAAGAGAGGUCGAAGUCCAGGAACCGGGGGAAGUGGUUGAGGAGGAACAGUGAUUUUGGAUGCCUCGUAAGGUCAAAGGUCUAUUGGCCAUGUUCUGUUGGUGAACACCCCCAGGAAAUUCAUAACCGACUUCAAAAGCAAGGAUUUUAAUAGUCUGUUAAUUGUUGGAAUCCAAUGUUUUGUCAUAUAAUAUUAACAAAAUAUGAUUAAAAAAAUAUAGGAAGUUUAUCGGAAUUGGUUCAGCAGUUUUUGGAACAAACAUAUCACAUAAUAUGAAGCCUUUCUUGAAGUCGGUCAGACAUUGAAGUGACUCAAAUUGUGCGGACAGUUUUAUGAUAGUCCGGGAUCGGUGAUCUGGUGACAAAUUAACUGCGGACAUGAUCUUUAUGCAAGCCUGUAUUCCAAUUUAUGUACAAUUAAUCUGCAACAAUUACAUAAGCAUUAGAUAGUUGUUGGAAAAAAAUUUACAAUGUUAAAAACGGCCAUUUUGUUUUGAUAAAUAAAAUGGCGGCUACUCUUAUGAUACCUUUAGGAUAAUUGUAUGUUGCAUUCUGUUUAAUAGAACUGCUUUUUUAAUGUUACAACCUACCUGAUGUAUUUCAAUGGUACUGUGCUCUUUUAUAUUAUAUUGGUUAUAUUCAUAUA